GUUGACGGAAGUGGCUGAAUUUCAAGACAACUUGGGAAAAAUAUUUUCCGAAAAACGUUUCUAAACCCUGGAAAAUCCGAAAUUUUUGGCGUUUUUCUCCUUUUCUGUGCACUGUGGAACCUUCAUUCUUCUAGUGAAUUUUUUAAUAGGUGAAAACAGCCUGAAAACCCACAUUUUCGUAAAACUCGUUUUUCGGUAGACUUUUAGAACUUUUUCUAAAAACAAAUAUUGCCACAAGACUCAGCAUGAUAUAUUAUCUAUAGUCCAUCCGUUUUCAAGAUUACCAAUACUCACCAAGUGCCAGUCCUGGGACAGCAAGGAAAAGGAAUUUUAAAAAAAGCUCUCCGUACUUUUGAAGCUGGUCUCUUGGUCGAUGUAAUGGUGUAUGAAUUAAAAGUAUAGCCUUCCAUUGAAAAAACUAGAUGGGCUUACAAAAUGAAUGAUGCUCCAUUUGACAUUCGCCAGUUUCGAUAUCCAUGGCGGACGAGUGUUUACCUUUAAAAUGAACUGAAGACCUUUUUCUAAAUGAGUUUUCAACGCUGAUUCAGAAAAAAAUAGUUUCAACUUUCCAUCUUGUAAUAAAACUUAAAAAAAAUCAAUUCUACGAUAAAGGUCAUUUUUUCGAUUUUUUCGACCCUUGCAGUAUUUCAGGUUUUUCUCCAUGAAAAAAGGAUUUUUAAAGAUUUUAAAGGUGAUAUUCGUGAUCAGCUCGACAAAACAAAUCAAAAUACGUAUGAUAAAUCGAAAAAUAAAACCCACUUGAAUUUUGCAUUAACUGCACCUUGCUUGAGCCAAGUACUUACAUAACUAUUUGUGAACUUUUCCGAGUAAUUUUCAAGGUAAGUCAAGUAUUUGAGAAAGUACUUGACAAGUAAAAUGUAAGUACUUGGCUGAUACAAUGCAAGCAAAUUCACUUCAACAGCUUCAGUCAAAUACUUAUUUCAUUUAGCUUCAUUUUAUAUUUUGUACAUAUUCUGCAGCCAUACUCUACUUUGGUAGAGUAAAUACAUGCACGGCUACUAAGUUUGUUUAACUCAGUAGAAAUAUAUAUGUUUAUUUUAUAAGUGUAUAACGAUUGAUAUUGCGGUCUUUAUAUACAAGCGGUCAAUGGAAAAAAAAAAGGGUGCCUGGCUCCAAGUCCUUAGCUAAAGUAAGUCAAGUAACGAAACUUGGCAAGUUCUUGAUCAAGUACUUGCCAACUGCUUAACUUGUCAUGUACUUCCCAAGUACUCAUGAAGUAAUCAAGUACUUGUACCAAGUACAUUCACUAGGGUAAUGUCUUUAAAAAAGAACAUUCUCACUACACAGCGGCAAGCGGCAGAAAAUUGAAAAUUUAAGAUAAGGAAUCUUUUCCCUCUAUGUCAAAAUAGUUUAGUAACACUGCUCUCCCCCCCCCAUAAUAAAAGAUCAUCCCCUGUUAGAAGACCACUGCCGAUUAUAUGACUUGAAAGCCAAAUAGAAGACCAUGGUCUUCUAUUAUGUCCGCGAAAAAAAUCCGAAAAUGCCCUCAGGAUAUAUUUUAUGUGCCAGUUUUCAUCGAAUUUUCUGUGGUACCCUGAGCAAUUCAUUAUAGCAGAAAUAUGAAAUCUGGAUCGAUUUUGAACGCUCUCUCGAAUGGCAUUGUCCGUUUUUUAUUUAAAUAUAAAACAGAUCCCCAAAAACCCAUUCAUAUAGGUCGAUCGGGCUAUGCAGAAUAUCGUGAUCAGGAUUUGUAGCUCAAUCGAGAUAAAUAUAGGCCAAUCGAGAUUUUCUCCCGAUUAGGAUAUAAGUCAUGAGACCGGACUGUAAGUUCUAAAAUAAUUUUUCGAUUCCUCGCUACCUACUUUCCUUAAGCUUUCGACUUAAGCUAGAUAUUCAAGUCUAUAUUUCUAUUUAAUGAUGACUACUUGCAAUAUUAUCUCAGUUUGACUUCACAGAUGUCGCUCAUUACAACUAACGAGUUUCCGAACUUGUAUUUUGCUUCUUUUCUGCAAUUUGGAAGAUAGACCAAGUUCAAAGCUGAUUAUUUUUUCUUGCGCAACUCGCACUAUAUUUAGUGAUACGACAGGUAGACGUUGUUUACAUAGAGUGUGGCGCCGAAUACUGUUGCAUCGCACACAUGGUUCUCGCUACUUGAACUCUAAAAUCUUCACUUUGUAAAGAUCAAUCUCUGCUAUAAACUUACUCGAAAUCGUAAUCAACAAAGUUGAUGAACAUACUGUCUUUGUGUUGCGGUCAUCAAGAGGAAAAUAUGGUAGCUCAAUUUUUGUGACUCGAUUAUUGUUUUCGUUGCUGUUUUCUAUAUAAUUCGUUGGAUAUUUGUAACUCAUGAUGGUUAAAUAAUUAUCCGAUUUACUCUACUAUUGUGUACAAAUUACUUGUAUAUAGCUAUAAAUAUAUUCUCUAUAUUUCGUGUUUGUAAAUUGUCAAUGUAAGUUGACCAAAUGGUCGUUUGACUUUUUAACCUUGAACUUUUGAUUAAAAGUAGAAUUUCUAAUUAUUUAGAUCAUAAUGUUGCAUGAUAGUGUUUGGCCUUCUCAAAAUACUGAUUACUCAGCUAAUGGUUAGUACUGUUGAUCUGCAAGAACUUGAAACUAAAACUUUAGUUUUUUGUUGUAUUCUCUUCAUUUCAGACCGACCAGCUCACUCCGUAUCUCAGCCGAUAGCCAUGCCUGGUCGAGUACAAAACGAUACAUCUUAUCAAGAUAGUAAUAGUGUUGUAUUUUCACCAAAGUCAACAGAUCCAGCAAAUCUUGGCGUUAAUAUGUGUAUUCAUAUACUUGAAGAUAGCUCACCAAGAAAUGACAGUGAGAAUAAAAAGGCCGACAGUCCAAAUAAUUUUCGCGAUGACAAAUCAGAUGAUACAGCAGCUGAUAGUGCUCUAACCGAUUCAAGUCGUAAACAAUCCCCUCGUUCAUCUCCUGUUGAUUCACAUGGUGGUGAUAGUAAUAAUGGCGGCGGUCCAAAUGGUGUGAACGAACGUGUCUCAACUCAAAUGAUAAAUGGACAAAUAACACCAGCAAUGCCCAUUCACUAUAUGAAACAAGACCAACAAAUGCAUCAGCAUUUACUUCAACAACAGCAUCAGCAACAGUUGCAGUCUGAACAUACACUAAGUUUAUUACACACACAACAAUAUAUGGCCGAACAGCAACAACAAAAUCAAACUGCAGCACAGCAGCAAUAUCUUCAAGCACAUCUUCAACAUAUUCCUCAACAGAUAUAUGCCGAACAAACAAAUCAAUAUGAUCCAAGAGCAACUAAUUCACAACAAGGUUUUCAGCUAGACUAUACGUUGAUUCAACCGCAUUCAUACGAAUCUCAAUCAGUUAUGAGUGCUUUUAAUCCAUUACAACCACCUGCUACAUCAUCAUCUAGCGUAGGUCAAGAUCCAAAUUUAAAUUUAAACAUUUAUCCAUGGCAGGCCGCUGCUGCACUUGCCGCCGUUCAACAACAACAACAGCAGUCUCAACAGCAGCAACAGUCAUACAACACGUCAACUAAUCAGUAUAUUGUUAAUGGAAGUGGACAGGAUAACGGUUAUUUGCCAGCACUUGCUGCUGCAAAUUUUCAACCACAAAUGUUGCCACAGUUUUGGGGUUUACCACUGAUGUAUCCCCCGAACAUGUUACAACAGCCAUCGACACAAACACAAGGACAAGCUGCUGGUAACAUGCAACAAUCGCCGCAAACAAAACAGCCAAAUAGACCAAUGACACCGUCAAAUCAAAAUGACGGUAUGUCAAUUUUAAGUACAUCACAACCAAAUCAAACAACACAAUAUAUUAAUAUGGCUAGAACAGCUCAAACACCAGCUUUUCCAUAUUACGCUGCUUCCCCAACGUAUUUGGAUCCAAACUUAAUGAUUCAGAGUCCAAGACAACCAGUAGGAUCGCCCAGUGUAAGAUUAUAUCCUCAACAAGUGACCGUUCCGGGUAGUAAUACUACUGGCGUUUAUGGAAGUCCUGUGCCAAAUUCUCUUGCAAGUUCAUUUAGUGGUACGCCCAUCUUAUCAUCUAUUUUUUCUUUUGAUGAAGUAUCAUGCUUCUUCGUUUCAGAAGUAUUUACGGCAAACCAACGUCGUGACGCUUCCGAAUUUUCGCGUCAAAAGCCUCAAAUGUACCACGGAGGAGUUGGGCUCGGUUUACCUCCAUCACCAGCGUUCAGUAGCUUAAUGACAUCGAUGACACCACCACCAGCUACAAAUGUUUACGAGGGUUUUUUUAAUAAUGGUGGCCGUUUUAUGCAAGCACCACCGCCUCAACAAGUUGGUCCACAACAACAGCAACAACAAAUGUUAAAUGGCGAUAACUACGGUCCCGCGCAAGGUGGUCGACGUAAUACGGGUGGAGGAAUGAAUGCACCUUUGCAGAAUUACUACGCUGCUGGUGUAUUUGGUACAGGAGCAGGUCAUGGAAAUGGAAAUGGAAAUAAUGGUCUCGGGGGACGAGAAGCAUCUGUAACACGUUCGAAAUUAUUAGAUGAUUUUCGUAAUAGUCGUAUGCCUAAUUUGCAAUUACGUGAUGUGAGCGGUCAUUUUGCAGAAUUUUCAAUGGAUCAACAUGGAUCUAGAUUUAUCCAGCAAAAACUUGAACGUGCCACACCACAAGAAAAAGAUUUGGUUUUUAAAGAGAUAGUACAGCAAUCAUAUCAAUUAAUGACAGAUGUAUUUGGAAAUUAUGUCAUUCAGAAAUUUUUCGAAUUUGGAUCGAAUGAACACAAACAAUAUUUGGCCCAACGUAUUCGUGGUAAUGUGUUAACAUUAGCAUUGCAAAUGUACGGUUGUCGUGUUAUUCAGAAGGCUGUUGAAAGUUUGUCACAAGAGUAUCAAACAGAUAUCGCUCAUGAACUAGAAGGAAAUAUCAUUAAAUGUAUUGAAGAUCAAAAUGGUAAUCACGUUAUACAAAAGUGUAUUGAAUGCAUCAAUAGUGAAGAUGUCGAAUUUAUUAUCAAAGAUGUUACACGUCAAGUAUUUCAAUUAUCAGCACAUCCAUAUGGUUGUCGUGUCAUUCAACGUAUAUUAGAAAACUGUAAAGAAUCGCAAACACGACCAAUUUUAGAAAUAUUACAUGAGCAAUUAGAACUACUUGUACAAGAUCAAUAUGGUAAUUAUGUUAUUCAACAUGUACUUGAACAUGGAAAAACAGAAGAUCGAAGUCGAAUUGUCAAUGCUUUGAGGGGAAAAGUUUUGGUAUUAGCACAACAUAAAUUUGCCAGUAACGUUAUUGAAAAAUGUGUGACAUACGCAACACGUCAAGAAAAAGCAUUUUUAAUCGAAGAAAUUGUGUCAUAUGGUGAUGGUGCAUCAUCCGCUCUGCUGACAAUGAUGAAAGAUCAAUUUGCUAACUAUGUUGUACAAAAAAUGAUUGAUGUUGCUGAACCAAAUCAACGUAAAUUAUUAUUACAAAAAGUUCGUCCACAUAUUCAAUCAUUACGAAAAUUUACCUAUGGUAAACAUAUCAUAACAAAAUUAGAAAAGUAUGUUAAUAAAAGUUCUGAUCUUGGUGGACCAUUACUACCUGUUCAGCAACAAACUUCAAACGGAGGUGGUGGUGGAUUACAUUUUGAAAAUUAG